AUGAGUGCCAAUAGUAUACAGCCAAACAAUACUCUAUAUGUGACAGCCAUCAAUGAAAAAGUCAAGAAACUGGAACUUCGACGUCAAUUAUAUAAUCUUUUUUCGCAGUAUGGCAAAGUAGUGGAUGUAGUUGCUACCAGGAGAGAAGGACAACGAGGACAAGCAUUCAUCGUUUUCGCUCAAUUGACUGGUGCUAGUUCUGCGCUACGAGCACUACAAGGCUUUCCAUUCUAUGAUAAUCCACUGAAAAUAGCCUAUGCCAGAACAAAAUCCAAUGCCAUCAAGAUGAUGGAAGGAGUAUAUGUAGAAGCCAGAAAACCAAAAUCUAAAAAGGCUGAUGAUGAUGACGAGACUGCUGCAGAAUCGAGUGCGCCCAAGAAGAGAGUACGAGAGGACGAAGAUGUCAAUGGAAAACCUCAUGCCAAUGGCAAGAGGCUGAAAGGAGAUUCAAGUCAACCUGAAGAAGAGGAAGACGAUAGAAUGGACGUGGAUGAACAACCAAAAGAGAAAACAAACGAAACAGCAGAAGCACCACCAUAUCGGAUACUGUAUGUACAGAACCUCCCACCAGGUGUUACAGAUCAGAUGCUAUCCAUGCUAUUUACUCAGUAUCCUGGCUUCAAGGAGGUCAGGAUGGUGCCUGGCAAACCUGGGAUUGCAUUUAUAGAAUACGAGAACGAGGAACAGGCUGUCGUGGCCAGAAGAGAAUUGAAUAAUUUCAAGCUGUCGCCACAACGAGAGAUGGCUGUGAACUUUGCCCAAAGAAUGGGAGCUUCCAAAUAA